AUGUGGAUACUUUUAUGUGAUUCAAUCUUACACGAUAGAUUUGAGAUUUAGGGAACUUAGGUGUAUAAAAUUUUGAAGGGGGUUUCUUUUAUAAAAUCUUAAGUUAAGGAAGAGUAUAAAAUAGAAUUGAUAAAGAAGACUUUAAUAAAAUUAAGAGAUAUCAUGUCAAUUGUUAUCCUUGAUUAGUAAUACCAGUAUAAACUUGAAUAGCUUGACGAGAUAGCUAAUAUAUAUUUGAAAGAAAACAUGCUUAACGAACAGUUUAUUAAACUAAUUGAUUUUGGAUUUUAUUAAAUUAUAAACAUUAUAAAGGAUAAAACAACCACUUUAAGUGAUUAAGACUUGUCUCAUAUUAUCAACAUAAAUUUUAUAUUUUCAAUAAAUUCUUACUACAGCUAGACUGUGAAUAAUUUUUUAUAAAAUUUAGAUUUUUAAAGAUUGUUUGAUUAAAAUCUUAUAAAAAUGAUGGCAAUAGCUAUUUUUUUGAAAUCUUAAAAUUAGCUCUCUCUAAAUCUAGAUAAUUUAAUAGAAAGUAAAUUGUAGAAUUACGAUUUUAAUUCACUUAGUUUAUCGGACCUUAACAUAUUACUAUAGAGUUUAAGUUAGCUUGAUGUAUAAAAUACAGAAUAAAUAAUUGAAAUUAUUGAUUAAUUGAUAUUGGAAAGUUCAUACGAAAAAAUUUAAUUAUUCACUCUAAAUGAUUUGAAAAAUACUCAGAUUAUCAGGUAGUACAAAGAUGACAAACUUAACAGAUUCGCUAUAAUAGCAUCUUAAAGUUUUAUUUAAGUCGACGAUGUAAUAGAUUUUUUAGAAUAUAUAAAUCAGCAAAAUAUAGAGCAUCUUUUUAAAGAGCUCUACAAUGUUUUACCUCAAUUUCUUGCUUAAAACUGCAAUUUAUAUAAUUGGGAAUAGCAAUGUUUACUUUACUAUUUUAUGAGAAAAGAUUAGCAUCUAAUGGAUGACUUUCAUUACUAAAAUGGAUUUUUAAAUGUGCUCAAAGAGUAUAUAAAAUUAUAUUAUGCUUAAAGGAGUUCUACUUAAAAGUAUGUGUAGCCACUUCCUUUAAGCUCUAAUUUUUACAAAAUUUUAAGUGUAAUAGAUUUAGCUGAGUUAUUCUCAGACUCUCACUAUAGCUGA